UGAGGAUAUCCGGCGCGCAACGUUUGUUCAGCGCGGAGUUAAGCGCCCCGGCCGUAACUUAGGGGAAGUGGACCAGGCUUGCCGCUGCCCAGGGCGGUCCUUUCGUUUCCACCGGAGUGGAGGGGAGAGUGCUGCCAUGGCAGCCCCUGCACAGCCCAAGAAGAUCGUGGCCCCUACGGUGUCCCAGAUUAACGCGGAGUUCGUGACCCAGUUAGCAUGUAAAUACUGGGCUCCCCACAUCAAGAAGAAAUCACCUUUUGAUAUAAAGGUUAUUGAAGAUAUAUAUGAAAAAGAGAUUGUCAAAUCAAGGUUUGCUAUUAGAAAGAUAAUGCUCUUGGAAUUUAGCCAGUAUCUUGAAAAUUAUCUCUGGAUGAAUUAUUCUCCUGAGGUAUCCAGCAAGGCCUAUUUAAUGUCAAUUUGCUGUAUGGUGAAUGAGAAGUUCAGAGAAAACGUGCCUGCAUGGGAGAUUUUUAAGAAGAAGCCAGACCACUUCCCAUUCUUUUUUAAACACAUCUUGAAGGCGGCAUUAGCUGAAACUGAUGGUGAAUUUUCACUUCAUGAACAGACAGUCUUACUACUUUUUCUUGAUCAUUGCUUCAAUAGUUUGGAGGUAGACUUGAUACGGAGUCAAGUACAGCAGCUUAUCUCCCUCCCAAUGUGGAUGGGAUUACAGCUGGCACGAUUGGAAUUAGAAUUAAAAAAGACCCCUAAGCUAAGAAAAUUCUGGAACUUGAUUAAAAAGAAUGAUGAAAAGAUGGAUCCAGAAGCAAGAGAACAGGCAUAUCAAGAGAGGAGAUUUCUUUCACAACUCAUCCAGAAGUUUAUCUCUGUACUGAAGUCAGUCCCACUUUCCGAACCUGUCACUAUGGACAAAGUUCAUUACUGUGAAAGAUUCAUUGAACUUAUGAUUGAUCUAGAGGCCCUAUUACCCACAAGGCGCUGGUUUAAUACCAUCCUGGAUGACUCCCACCUUCUGGUUCACUGUUACCUUUCCAAUCUUGUUCAUAGAGAAGAGGAUGGCCAUCUUUUUUCCCAGCUUUUGGACAUGCUUAAAUUCUAUACUGGUUUUGAAAUUAAUGACCAAACUGGAAAUGCUCUGACAGAGAAUGAGAUGACCACAAUUCACUAUGAUAGAAUUACAUCUCUACAGAGAGCUGCUUUUGCACAUUUUCCUGAACUCUAUGAUUUUGCCCUCUCAAACGUGGCAGAAGUAGAUACUCGGGAGUCCUUGGUCAAGUUUUUUGGACCUCUUAGUUCAAACACGCUCCACCAGGUGGCAUCAUACCUCUGCUUGUUGCCAACUCUUCCUAAAAAUGAAGACACAACUUUUGAUAAAGAAUUUCUCCUAGAAUUGCUGGUAUCUCGUCAUGAACGUCGAAUUUCUCAGAUUCAGCAAUUGAACCAGAUGCCUUUGUAUCCAACCGAGAAAAUUAUAUGGGAUGAAAAUAUUGUCCCAACUGAGUACUAUUCUGGAGAAGGUUGUCUUGCUCUUCCCAAAUUGAAUUUGCAGUUUUUGACUCUUCAUGACUACCUACUAAGGAACUUUAACCUCUUCCGCUUAGAAUCAACUUAUGAAAUUCGGCAGGACAUUGAAGAUAGUGUCAGCAGAAUGAAGCCAUGGCAAUCUGAAUAUGGCGGUGUAGUGUUUGGUGGUUGGGCGCGAAUGGCUCAGCCCAUUGUGGCUUUCACUGUUGUUGAAGUGGCCAAACCCAACAUAGGUGAAAACUGGCCAACCCGAGUUCGUGCAGAUGUUACCAUAAAUCUGAAUGUCAGAGAUCACAUCAAAGAUGAAUGGGAAGGUCUUCGUAAACAUGAUGUAUGCUUUUUAAUUACUGUACGUCCCACAAAACCUUACGGCACUAAGUUUGACCGGAGGAGACCUUUUAUUGAGCAGGUUGGCCUGGUUUAUGUCAGAGGCUGUGAAAUUCAGGGCAUGCUGGAUGACAAAGGACGUGUCAUUGAAGAUGGACCUGAACCCAGACCCAAUCUUAGAGGAGAAUCAAGGACAUUUAGAGUGUUUUUGGAUCCAAACCAGUAUCAACAAGAUAUGACCAAUACUAUACAGAAUGGAGCAGAGGAUGUGUAUGAAACUUUUAAUAUAAUAAUGAGGAGAAAACCAAAGGAAAAUAACUUUAAGGCUGUGCUGGAGACUAUUCGGAACCUGAUGAAUACUGAUUGUGUGGUACCUGACUGGCUGCAUGAUAUCAUUUUAGGUUAUGGGGACCCAAGUAGCGCACAUUAUUCAAAAAUGCCCAAUCAGAUUGCCACUCUUGAUUUCAAUGAUACAUUUCUCUCCAUUGAGCAUUUAAAAGCCAGCUUCCCUGGACAUAAUGUUAAAGUAACUGUAGAAGACCCUGCUCUGCAAAUACCCCCUUUCAGGAUAACUUUUCCAGUAAGAAGUGGAAAAGGGAAGAAAAGGAAAGAUGCGGAUAUGGAAGAUGAAGAUACCGAGGAGGCAAAAACCUUAAUUGUUGAGCCCCAUGUUAUUCCUAAUAGGGGUCCUUAUCCUUAUAAUCAACCCAAACGUAAUACGAUUCAGUUCACUCAUACACAGAUAGAAGCCAUCCGUGCUGGAAUGCAGCCUGGGCUGACUAUGGUUGUGGGCCCACCUGGUACAGGCAAAACAGAUGUGGCAGUUCAGAUCAUAUCUAACAUCUACCACAAUUUCCCAGAACAGAGGACUCUAAUUGUUACUCAUUCCAAUCAGGCCCUUAACCAGUUGUUUGAGAAAAUCAUGGCAUUAGACAUUGAUGAGCGCCACCUACUGCGUCUUGGUCAUGGAGAAGAAGAGCUGGAGACAGAGAAAGAUUUCAGCAGGUAUGGAAGAGUUAAUUAUGUUCUGGCUCGAAGAAUAGAACUUUUAGAAGAAGUCAAACGAUUGCAAAAGAGUCUAGGGGUUCCAGGAGAUGCCUCAUAUACCUGUGAAACUGCAGGCUAUUUCUUCUUAUACCAGGUAAUGUCUCGUUGGGAAGAGUAUAUCAGCAAAGUGAAAAAUAAAGGUAGUACAUUGCCAGAUGUUACAGAAGUCUCCACUUUCUUCCCUUUCCAUGAAUACUUUGCAAAUGCUCCUCAACCUAUUUUUAAAGGAAGAUCUUACGAAGAAGACAUGGAAAUUGCUGAAGGAUGUUUCAGGCAUAUUAAGAAAAUCUUUACUCAGCUUGAGGAAUUCAGAGCCUCUGAAUUGCUUCGAAGUGGACUGGACAGAUCUAAAUACCUUCUAGUGAAAGAAGCCAAAAUUAUUGCUAUGACCUGUACUCAUGCUGCCUUAAAACGACAUGACUUGGUCAAGUUAGGUUUCAAGUAUGACAACAUUUUGAUGGAAGAGGCUGCUCAGAUUCUGGAGAUAGAAACUUUUAUCCCUCUUCUUCUACAGAAUCCUCAGGAUGGAUUUAGCCGACUAAAACGAUGGAUUAUGAUUGGCGAUCAUCACCAGUUACCUCCAGUUAUUAAGAACAUGGCCUUUCAAAAGUACUCAAACAUGGAGCAGUCUCUCUUCACUCGCUUUGUUCGCGUUGGAGUUCCAACUGUGGACCUUGAUGCUCAAGGGAGAGCCAGAGCAAGCUUGUGCAACCUCUACAACUGGCGAUACAAGAAUCUAGGAAACUUACCCCAUGUGCAGCUUUUGCCAGAGUUUAGUACAGCAAAUGCUGGCUUACUGUAUGACUUCCAGCUCAUUAAUGUUGAAGAUUUUCAAGGAGUGGGAGAAUCUGAACCUAAUCCUUACUUCUAUCAGAAUCUUGGAGAGGCAGAAUACGUAGUAGCACUUUUUAUGUACAUGUGUUUACUUGGUUAUCCUGCUGACAAAAUCAGUAUUCUAACAACGUAUAAUGGCCAAAAGCAUCUUAUUCGCGACAUCAUCAAUAGACGAUGUGGAAACAAUCCAUUGAUUGGAAGACCAAACAAGGUGACAACUGUUGAUAGAUUUCAAGGUCAACAGAAUGAUUAUAUCCUUCUUUCUCUGGUACGAACCAGGGCAGUGGGCCAUCUGAGGGAUGUCCGUCGCUUGGUAGUGGCCAUGUCUAGAGCCAGACUUGGACUUUAUAUCUUCGCCAGAGUAUCCCUCUUUCAAAACUGUUUUGAACUGACUCCAGCUUUCAGUCAGCUCACAGCUCGACCCCUUCAUUUGCAUAUAAUUCCAACAGAACCUUUCCCAACCACCAGAAAGAAUGGAGAGAGACCAUCUCAUGAAGUACAAAUAAUAAAAAAUAUGCCCCAGAUGGCAAACUUUGUAUACAACAUGUACAUGCAUUUGAUACAGACUACACAUCAUUAUCAUCAGACUUUAUUACAGCUACCACCUGCUAUGGUAGAAGAAGGUGAGGAAGUUCAAAAUCAAGAAACAGAAUUGGAAACAGAAGAAGAGGCUAUGACUGUUCAAGUUGACAUCAUACCGAGUCCAACAGACACCAGCUGCAGUCGAGAAACUCCAGCCUUUCAAACUGACACCACUCCUAGUCAGACUGAGACCACCGCCAGUGAGACAGGAGCCAGUUCCAAUCCAGAAGCCAUCCCUGCUUUAUCUGAGACCACCACUACUGUGGCAGGAGCUGUAUCUGCACCUGCAGAGGCUUACACACCUCAGGAUGCCACAUCUGCCCCAGAAGGGACCAAGUAGCCAAACUGUAGUCCUAAAGGAGGACAUGUCAUUCAAAAUGUCUGAGUAAAGUUAUUUUCUGUAUUUUAUAUUUGCUUCUGCCAUUUUACUGUCACUAAUUAAUGUUCAGUUCUUAUAUUAACUGGUUUUGGUGUCUUGAAUAUAUUUUUUUAAAUUAUGUGUAUGAACAAUUCUAGUUUCAUUUGUUCAAUCAGAAGAGUAAAUAACCAUUCCUCUCAUGUUUUGAUCACUGAGUGUAUCUGUAAUCAUACCUACAUUAAAAUCAUUUUCUGUAGAAUGUAUAAUAUAUACUGCACAUUUUUAGUGAACUUCUCUAAAGAAGAGGACAGAAUACACCAGACUUAACCAUGAAUAUGCUUAAGUGUCCAAAUUGGGAAGGAACUUGUUUCUUCUGUUAUACUAUCAAAUGCUUAAAUUCUGUUUCCUUUUUUCUUACUGUUCUUUACAUAAAGUAAUAUCUUUAUGUAAAGAUACUACUGGCAGUAAGAUACAGGUUUCUCCGAUCUAUCAGAGUGGUCACAUGCAUUUCCUUCUCUCAAAUCUUAGAAUCACCUAAGAUGUCUGUUUGUUCUUGAGGCACACCUCAGACUGAAUGAGUCAGAAUCUCAGGAUUAGAGCCCAGGAAUCUAUAUUUUAGGAGGUUCUCCACACCACUAAUGUUUGGGUUGCUGGCAGAGUGGCAUCAGCCAAGGCUGGUAAGGCUGAGCCAGGAUUUGUCAUCAGCUAAAUAGGAAUACUCUGCCAAAUCAAUCUGGGCAAGAAGCAGGAUCCUGAGUCUGGGCAAUGAGAGUCAGAACUUAACUCCUGUGUGCAGGGUAGAAUUUUCCCAUGGCAGAAAUUCUGAGUUUUCUGCCUUAUUUUUCUUGGGAUAAUCAGCCACAAGGAGACCUUCAGGUAAAAUGUGGUUCAAAUAUGGGAAGGCAGAGGUACUUAGGACCUUGCUACUCAAGUAUGAUGUGUGAACCAACAGCAUCAACAUCGUAUAGAAGUUUGGUAUUUAUAGAAAUGCAGAAGUUUGGGCUCUGCUCCAAACCUAUUAAAUCUAAAUCUACAUCGCAACAAAGUCCCCAGGUGAUUCACAGGCACUUUGUAGUUUGAGAAGCGAGUACUAAGAUGACUGUGUUGUCUUCACAUGAAUGAGGCUAUAAUGGCAGAAUUACCAGUGAACGUGACUCAUGUCUUCUGACAAGGGACCUCUGCUUAUAAGGUCCCUGGGCAUGGUGCCCAGAACGGGGGGAAAAAAAGAAAUGUUUAUGUGUAUGUGUAGAGGGGAAAAUUGCCCACUAGUUCUCUGUUUCCCAGUUUGAUCAUCUGCUAGAGUAUCUGAAGGGGAGCAUUUCCCCCAAAGUGUCUCCUCUAGUGCAUCUACCUAUGGGCCUGGCCAUGUCCAAGGAAUCUUUGAAGAAACAAGCAAGAACUGCACACUAUCAUUGAAAUCCUUCUGGUCCUGACAUUUUGAAGGAAUGAUUGCUUCAUAAGGAAGUUAAACCCAGAAAGUCAAGUCAGUUAUAUUUUUGAGUAACUAGUGUUUGCUCAGCUUUACCAGGCUGUGUUGAAUAUGGUCCAGACUCUCAUUUUAUGAUGCGUCCUACUGCAUCAGGACACUUGUGUCAGUGUCAGGUGAGGAGGGGAGAUGAGAGUGAUGAGGCGAUGAGAGGAGUGAAAUACCAAGGACGCAAUACUAGGAAACCCAGGUCUAUUUGUUAUCAGAGUAAGGAUCAAGCCAGAUAGCCUGUUAUGUAAUUGCACUUUUAAAAGAUUUUGAAAGCAGGUGCUGUGGGCAUCUGUAUGCACUCAUAGAAUUAUUUUCAUUUGUAACUAUAUGGUAUCAGGCCAAGCAAGGGAAAGAAGCUUUACUGUAUUACCAUCUUUCCUGGAAAAGAUUGAUUUUUCUCUCUCCCUUAGGGGAUAUGAGGUAUGAUACCUGCAACCAAACUAAGUGGACUGUUCAGCUGCGCUCUCAGCUAUUUUCCAAGCAAUGUACAUCACUCUUGCCUAGAUGAGUGACCAUACUUUUUUCUUUGCUGCUUGGUUUUUCUGUCACUAAAAAGCAAAUUUAGGUGGAAGAUGGAUGGGUAAGUCCUUUGUCCUUGUCAAAAGAAUUUAAAAUGGGGUAAAGGUGGUGGGAUUUGAAUUCUUUUAAACUGUUUAUUCAUUGGAAAGGCAAGUUUGAGUGGCAGUUGACUAUAGAAUCUUGGGAAUUUUUGAAGGAAUUUAAGAGCUCUACUUAUUUUAAGUAAUGAGGAGACAAUCAGACUUAACCAGGGUGGCAACUGUGGAAGAGUGGAGUAGAAUUCAAGUCUACAGUUCUACAGCAGUGCUUUAUUUUUUCAAUCAAGCAUACAUGAAGGAUUGCUUAAUAAAUUCAAGAGUUUAUAAUUUGAGAUUACUACAGACACAGGUACUCUAGCCAUGUGACUUAUUUCAGAUUAGUGUUCCCAUUGCUCUCCAUCCUGUUUUUCAUAUCUAAAUAUGUCAUGAUUUUAGAAUCUCUUUUUAAAGAAAACCAAAAGGAGGCAUGCCAGAAACAAUGAGCAUGAAAUGAAGCAAUUCAAGUAUUUAGAAUUUCUUUUUUUUUUUUUUCUCAAAAUGCUGAGUUAAGAAAGUUCAUUGCCAACAGUUGAGAAUAAAUAGCUCUAUUGAUUUAGGCAAAUGAAUGAGAAGAUCUAAACAUUAUCAAGACUCCUGAAGUUGGUGUAAUAAAAGUUGAGAUGUUUUGCUAGAUGCUGAGAGAAAAGGCAUAAAUGGGCCAUUUGUGCUUCUGUAAACAAAUGAAAUUUUGUAAUGAUCAGGAGACAGCAUGAUACUGUAAAACACACUUUGGACUCAUCCAGACCUGGCUCAGAAUUUUACCUAAUUUGCUUAUCAGCGUUUGGUUUGACCUUAGGCAAAUUUUAUAACCUCUCUAAGCCGGUUUUCUUUAUCUGUAAAUAACAGGGAAAAGAUCUGUUUGGAUUUGGGGCAGGAGAGUUGUUUGUUUUAUAGGCUAAUGUUUAUGAAAAUAAUCUCCACUUAAGUGCUCAGUAAAUACCAGUUUCUCUCUCUCUUUUUCUUCAAAACUUUGUUGACAAUGUAGGAUAUUGCCAACUAAUCCUUUGACUUGAGUGCUUAGCCAUGCCCCAAUCCAGGGAGCAUGAAGGAUGAUCAAGAAGGGGACAACUAGUGGCAGCUGACCUUUGAGGAUCUGUCUAGGAUCGGGUCUACUGAUUUGGGACCUCUGAAUCGGUACAUUAUAACAUCGAGGUGAUCUCUGCCAAAAUUGAAAUUCUGGCAGAACAGCAUAAGCAGAGGAAGACACUAGGUCUUUCUGAAAUAUGGAGCUGAUAACUUCUAUCAGUUCUGAAUUCUGUACUGUCCCACCCCCAAAUCAUCUUUAUUGUUGCAUGUACUUAGCUUUGUGCCUUGAAUUGCUAUUUCCUUUUUAUCUUGCACUCAGAUGGUAUUUUUAGAGAUGUUUCUUCAAUCAAAACAAGAUAAAGGUUUAAAAAAAAAAAAAAAAAAGUGACCCUUUUGCAUAAGCCAGAAGAGCAGUGCCUUGCUUCCUGUGAAAACUGCUUGGCAGUUAGCCUGUGUAAUUAUUUAGCAAUCAUGUUAAUAGAUGUUUAAGAAUAAUGGAACUGGAGCAGUACUGAGCCAAGGGUGGAAAUGAAGACAUGUGAGACUAUUUUUUCUUCAUCCACCGAUACUCUUCAUUUACAAGGAUUUAAUUUAAAAGGGUUUUAAUUAAAUGGAAUCCAGAAGCUUUGGACGCUCCUGUUUUUCUUCUUAGAGACAAACCUGGAGCUUGACUCAGAAUGCAGCAUGGUACUCCUGACUGACAGUGUGCCAGCUUUAUCCACUUAUCUUUCUACCUUUUGGCUUAUAUUUAUUUCAGGGCUGGCUGACCUUUUGAGCUUACGUACAAAGAUGGCUGAUACCAUUAUUUUUCAACACAUAUUACAGAAAAUACUACUCUUGAAAAAUACUCUGAGAAAUAUGUUCUAUGGCCAGAUAGGUUUGGGAAACAAUGUUCCUCCUUUGCAGAAUCACAAUGCACUGUUAGCUAAUUAAAGGCUCUCAGAUGUCCCACUGGAAAUAAUCAUGUUUAACUUUCUUUAACCUAGUAUUUCCCAAACUUAAUAGAGCAUAAAACUUUUUUUUUUUUUUUUAAUAAGAUACCUUGGUUAGCUGUUUCCUUAGAACACAAUUUAGGAACCAAUAUUGCUGGGCACGGUGGCUGCCGCCUGUAAUCCCAGCAAUUUGGGUGACCGAGCCGGGCAGAUCACCUGAGGUCAGGAGAUCGAGACCAUCCUGGCCAACACGGUAAAACCCCGUGUCUACUAAAACUACAGAAAUUAGCUGGUCGUGCUGGCAGGUGCCUGGAGUCCCAGUUAUUCUGGAGGCUGAGGCAGGAGAAUCACUUGAACCCAGGAGGCGGAGGUUGCAGUGAGCUGAGAUGGGCAUCACUGCACUCCAACCUGGGCGACGAGCAAAAACUCCGUCAAAAAAAAAAAAAAAAAAAAAAAAGAUACCUUAGAUAGCUAUUUCCUUAGAACACAGUUUGGGAACCAAUAUCUUUACAUUGACUAAAACUGUGAAUCUCCCUUUAAAAAUAAAGCCCCAAAAUACAUUUUUUUUUUCCUACCGGUAACCAAAGGGUGAAGUAACACAGCCGAAGAGGAAACCAGAAGUGAAGUGAUUUGUACAAAAUGUCAUAGUGUAAUUUAUUGAGGGUCAUGUGGUAUUAAUAGCAACAUCCUGAAAAUGCAAAUGAAUAAAAGUUUGGUCAAUGUA